UUGAGGGGAAAAAAAUUUCCAUGGCGUCCGACGACCUCUUCGAAGGCCUGCCUCCGCCUGCGGCGCCCGCCGGCGAAGACCGUGCGGCCUCCCCCGCGCCGCCUCCUCCUCCGCCGGCUCCGACGGUGCCGAGGCGUUCCGCGCUGAAGAGCUCCCUCAAGCGGGACAAGCCCUCCCCCUCCUCGGCCGCCACCUCCUCCUCCUCACCCGCCGCCGCCGCUCCCGCCGAUGUCGCCGCCGAAGGCCGCGCGCUGGUUACCGUUGGUGGCAACAAGCAACGCCAAAUCAGCUGCCUCGUCUACUCUGAAGUUCAUCGCCAAGGAAUUGGCUAAAGAGGGUGGAAUUUCUUGUUACAUGCAUGUGUGCUCGUCUGAGUGCAAUUCUGAACUCAGUGCCUUCUACCUUCUGUGUUUACGAUUGUUACAUUUGGGGGCUACCCAUGUGAGACAGAACCUAUUCUUUGUAGCUGUCAUGGUUGCUGAUGGCUCUGCCCUCUUCUCUGAUUUCCGUAUGUGCAGCAAGUUCCUAUCCAGCAGGUUCCUGUUAGUGGGCAAGUGCAGUGAAGAAACUUGUCCAGAGAAUGAUCUGACAACACACACGGCAGUGGUUGCCGAUUGCAACGUUGAGCUCAUAUUCCGUUAGUAUCUGACAAUCGACGACAACGUCGGUUUUAUGUUGCCCUCCUCGGAUGAUCUACAUGCCUUUCAGGGCAGCUGUGGUGGCAAUUCGGGACGAUUCGAUGGCGAUGAGGCAUGGCAUAAGGAUAUCGUGUGCAGUAGCAGCGGCGGUGGUGCGCACUAGAGGCUGAGCGGUGGCCAUCGGACAUGGCUGGCAUCUGGGGCAGACUUGUAUGAGAUCUCAUUUUUAGGUGAGAUCGUGAGACCAACCACAAAAAGGUCAUAUUUAGACAUUUCGAAAAAAAAAAUCUGAAAUUACUUGACAACAUUCAUGUGGGGUAUGUCAACAGCUCUGAAAAAUCAGCUCAAACUCGAUGUACAUUCAGAGAUUCAAAAAAGACAAAUUCGAAUGUGAA